AUGCCAGCACAAGCCCUAUUGAAGCGCAACCCCGCACUUACAAAAGAGCAAUUCUCAGAGUACUGGUAUAAUAAUCACGCUCUAUGUGUUGUGCCAAUGUUUCUUCACUGCGGGGUCCAAUCCUAUGCUCAGGUCCAUGGGCCGCUGCAUACCAACGAUCCAGAGCUCAGUACCACACUCUCAGAAUGGGACGGCGCCGCUGAGACCGAGUUGACUCCUCUCCUUCUUGCAGCGCUGACCGACCCAUCCUCUGUUCCGAAAUGGAUAGUGGAGUACCACCACCAUGUUAUGCUUCAAGAUGAGAGACAGUUCCUUACCAGCGAGGCAAUGCAGCAUUUGAAGCAAGUCGGGGAGGGCACUGUGACGGGGGUGAGGAAGGUUAUCAUCGAAAAUGGGAAGUGUGUUGUUGAGAUUCCCGAAAGUGUGUGGAGUGUUUGGAGGGAGUAUGAGAAGAAGGGGAAUGCAGAACAUAAAUUUUAG